AUGGAUACGCGCGGGGGCGGCGGGCGGCCGGGCGAUAGUCCGGGCGCGACCCCUGCGCCGGGGCCGCCGCCACCGCCGCCGCCGCCCGCGCCCCCUCAGCCUCAGCCACCACCCGCGCCACCCCCGAACCCCACGACCCCCUCGCACCCGGAGUCGACCGACGAGCCCAGCCCGCGCGCCCGGCUCUGCAGCCGCGACAGCUCCUGCACCCUCGGCGCGGCCAAGGGCGGCGCGAAUGGCGAGUGCGGGCGCGGGGAGCCGCAGUGCAGCCCUGAGGGCCCCGCGCGCGGCCCCAAGGUGUCGUUUUCAUGCCGCGGGGCGGCCUCGGGGCCCGUGGCGGCCGAGGAGGCGGGCAGCGAGGAGGCGGGCCCGGCCGGCGAGCCGCGCGGCAGCCAGGCCAGCUUCCUGCAGCGCCAAUUCGGGGCACUCCUGCAGCCCGGCGUCAACAAGUUCUCCCUGCGGAUGUUCGGCAGCCAGAAGGCCGUGGAGCGCGAGCAGGAGCGCGUGAAGUCGGCGGGGGCCUGGAUCAUCCACCCCUACAGCGACUUCAGGUUCUACUGGGACUUCACCAUGCUGCUGUUCAUGGUGGGGAACCUCAUCAUCAUCCCUGUGGGCAUCACUUUCUUCAAGGACGAGACCACUGCGCCGUGGAUCGUGUUCAAUGUGGUCUCGGACACCUUCUUUCUCAUGGACUUGGUGCUGAACUUCCGCACCGGCAUCGUUAUUGAGGACAACACGGAGAUCAUCCUGGACCCCGAGAAGAUAAAGAAAAAGUACCUGCGCACGUGGUUCGUGGUGGACUUCGUGUCGUCCAUCCCAGUGGACUACAUCUUCCUCAUCGUGGAGAAGGGCAUCGACUCCGAGGUCUACAAGACGGCGCGCGCCCUGCGCAUCGUGCGCUUCACCAAGAUCCUCAGCCUGCUGCGGCUGCUGCGGCUCUCUCGGCUCAUCCGCUAUAUCCACCAGUGGGAGGAGAUUUUCCACAUGACCUACGACCUGGCGAGCGCGGUGAUGCGCAUCUGUAAUCUGAUCAGCAUGAUGCUCCUGCUGUGCCACUGGGACGGCUGCUUGCAGUUCCUGGUCCCCAUGCUGCAGGACUUCCCCAGCGACUGCUGGGUGUCCAUCAACAACAUGGUGAACCACUCUUGGAGCGAGCUGUACUCCUUCGCGCUCUUCAAGGCGAUGAGCCACAUGCUCUGCAUCGGCUACGGGAGGCAGGCGCCCGAGAGCAUGACGGACAUUUGGCUCACCAUGCUCAGCAUGAUCGUGGGGGCCACCUGCUACGCCAUGUUCAUCGGGCACGCCACGGCGCUCAUCCAGUCCCUGGACUCAUCACGGCGGCAAUACCAGGAGAAGUACAAGCAAGUAGAACAGUACAUGUCCUUCCACAAACUGCCUGCCGACUUCCGCCAGAAAAUCCACGAUUACUAUGAGCACCGGUACCAGGGGAAGAUGUUUGAUGAGGACAGUAUCCUCGGGGAGCUCAACAGUCCACUGCGUGAGGAGAUCGUGAAUUUCAACUGCCGGAAGCUGGUGGCGUCCAUGCCGCUGUUUGCCAACGCAGACCCCAACUUCGUCACAGCCAUGCUGACAAAGCUUAAGUUUGAGGUCUUUCAGCCUGGAGAUUACAUCAUCCGAGAGGGGACCAUCGGCAAGAAGAUGUACUUCAUCCAGCACGGGGUGGUGAGCGUGCUCACCAAGGGCAACAAGGAGAUGAAGCUGUCGGAUGGCUCCUAUUUUGGGGAGAUCUGCUUGCUCACAAGGGGCCGGCGCACAGCCAGCGUGCGGGCUGACACCUACUGCCGCCUCUACUCGCUGAGCGUGGACAACUUCAACGAGGUGCUGGAGGAGUACCCCAUGAUGCGGCGUGCCUUCGAGACCGUGGCCAUCGAUCGCCUGGACCGCAUUGGCAAGAAGAACUCCAUCUUGCUGCACAAGGUUCAGCACGACCUCAGCUCGGGCGUGUUCAACAACCAGGAGAACGCCAUCAUCCAGGAGAUCGUCAAGUACGACCGUGAGAUGGUGCAGCAGGCAGAGCUGGGCCAGCGUGUGGGGCUCUUCCCGCCACCGCCACCGCCACAGGUCACCUCAGCCAUCGCCACACUGCAGCAGGCUGUGGCGAUGAGCUUCUGCCCACAGGUGGCGCGCCCGCUUGUGGGGCCCCUGGCGCUCGGCUCCCCACGCCUCGUGCGCCGCGCGCCCCCGGGGCCUCCGCCUCCUGUAGCCUCGCCGGGGCCACCAGCCGCCAGUCCCCCGGCCGCGCCCUCUAGCCCCCGGGCACCGCGGACCUCACCCUACGGUGCACCCAGCUCUCCGGCCACACGCGUGGGGCCCGCACUGCCGGCGCGUCGCCUGAGCCGCGCCUCACGCCCGCUGUCCGCCUCGCAGCCCUCGCUGCCACACGGGGCGCCUACGCCCAGUCCUGCGGUGUCCGCGCGCCCGGCCAGCAGCUCCACGCCGCGCCUGGGACCUGCGCCCACCGCCCGGACCGCCGCGCCCAGCCCGGACCGUAGGGACUCAGCCUCGCCGGGCGCUGCUGGCGGCCUCGACCCGCUGGACUCUGCGCGCUCGCGCCUCUCUUCCAACUUGUGA